AUUAAACCAGCAGACCAUGACCGUCGCUAAAAAAGAGGAAAAAAUGAUGGGGAAAAUUUUAAACAACAAUUACAUUGCAGUGCCAUUAAAAGCCUUGAUGAUCAAUCUCCUGAUAUUGAAGGAAGUGAAAUGUAACGCUGAUGCAUGUCCUGUGUCAAGACAAACUAUGGAUAUUGUUUCAAACUGUCCAACCAGUGAAUCAGAAUGGAGAACAGCUUCUCAAAGAAAAAACUGUUCAGCUUUUGCCAGCCAAUGUAGUGAUCCUGAUAAAUUUGUGUACCACUGUGUCAUUAAUCCAUUUGUGAAUCAGACACUUGAAGUUUGUGCCUAUGGAAAGUACAUUGUUUUAGGUUAUUGUGCGGAGUACAGCUACAGUGGCAACAUAAUCCAGCAAAAUUAUGACACAGAUUGUUCUAAAUUUACCAACAGUCGUCCAUGUCCCAGUGGGUAUCAUUCUACAGAGGCAUUUAAAUACCCUGGUUGCUAUCAGCUGACAAAGAAAUCAACAGUUCAGAAUCCAACUACAGCACCCUCUGUCCAUACUUCUGACACAAACAUGCUUGUAUCAACUCAAAAUACAUCCAUAAUUGAAGAGCCAGGUAUGGAACAUGUUAAUGAUGACUGGGGAUAUGUCAUUGGUGUCAUCAUUGCAGCCAUUCUGGUCAUUUUGAUUGGAAUUGCUGUGGUAAUUUUUGUACUUAGACGACAUCGACCAAGAUCUAAAGAACAUCUUCAUGAAAAAGUAAUGGAGAAUGGUCAACUCAUGAUGGAAAAUGAAGAUGCAGAAACUGGAGGAAAGAAUACACAACCAGUGGAUGGGAAUGAACAUUCUGCAGAGAGAAAACAAUUAUUACCAUCUGGAAAACCUGUGGAAUCUGAAAUUGCAAGAAAAACGAUACAAUCUGUGGAGGAUGGAGAACAUCCAGGAGGAAGACUGUCACAGGUAGAUGAGCAGCCUAAUGACUGCUAGAAGGAAUUACAGAGUAUCGGUCAACACAAAUCAAUACUGAUGAUGAUCAAAAACUGGAGAUGACAACAAGCGAGAUCUAUGAAAAUUCACCACACUUUUCCAAUGACUCCAGUGCUUUGAUACAGAAAUAUAUUUAAGAUCUACAAGUUUCUCUCAAAAGAUACUUUAAAUAAGAAGAUGUGAUUUUGUCACCAGAAUAAGCAUCAAUGCAAGGUUGUACAACUUAAAGACAAACCAGUCUGACUGAUAUUUAUUAUUCAUGAAUUUUGCAAUGAUUACACAUUUACGUUUUUUGUUGCUAACUUGUAGGAACAUGAUACAAUUUUGAAAGAUCUAUGCUUUAUAUGUAUAUUUAUAAUGCGUAUUUAAGCCUGUGUAUAAACAGGUUCGUCACAUGACUAUAAAUUCAUUAAGUCAUAAACGAUCGACGUAAAUUCAUCGUGAUGUCAUAAGUGGUCAACAUGUUUAACACAUUCAAUCAUUCAAUUUAAACUGUUGAGGUUUGAAAAAAAAAUUGUUCAUUGGAUUAAAAGUAUAGCACCCAUUUAUUUAUAAAUCAGACACAAAUCGUUUCUAAACUUUUAUUGGGAUGUAAAUACAGUUUUGUCACAUAAUCAGAUGGAUAUAAAAGCCCCGUGACAAAGCUGUAUUUACAUCACAAUAAAAGUUUUAAAAUGAUACCUUAUUUCUUAAAAACAUGUAAUAUGGCGUUUUUUGUAGGCAAAUGAUAAAAUUUUGGUAAACUGUUAAUGUUAUAACGCUAGGUUUAUCUAUGAUUGUGGAAAUUUUUUUUACAGGGAAUAAUACAUUUUUGAUAAGUUAUGAUGUUAAAACGUUAGGUUGAUCUAUGGUUGUGCACAUUUUUUGUAGGGAAUAAUACAUUUUUGAUUAGUUAUGAUGUUAAAACGUUGUUUUUUUAUGGUUGUGUACAUUUUUUUGUAGGGAAUAAUAUAUUUGUGAUAAGUUGUGAUGUUAAAACAUUAGUUUUAUCUAUGGUUUUGUACAUUUGUUAGGGCCCUGCUCUGCGGGCGCCCUAUAGUGAUCAGUCUGUCCGUCCGUUCUUCCGUCCGUCUGUCCGUCCGAGAUCUCUUGUCUGGAGCAUAUCUUCUCUCUCCUUGGCCCAAUCUGGCUCAUACUUCACCCACAGAGUGUCUUUGGGUAAAGGGUGUGCAGUGACCUUGAACCAUGUUUAUAGGUCUAAGGUUAAGGUCAUAGUAGUUAUAUGAAAAAUCCUUGUCCAGAGCAUAUCUUCUCUCCCCUUGGUCCAGUGUGGCCCAUACUUCACUCACAGAGUGCCACUGGUCAAUGGAUGUGCAGUGAACUUGAACGAAGUUUCUAGGUCAAGGGUCAAGGUCAAAAAUAGUCUCUCUGUUUAAAAUCUUUGUUCGGUGCAUAAUUUCUUUCCCUUAUGUCCAGUCAGCCUCAAACUUUACCAAUUGAUUUAGGGUAUAUAACAUUUGUGAUUUUCCUUCCAUUUUUUGAUGAGUAUAUGCAACAAUUUUCAUAGAGGAUAUGCAACAUUCGUGGUUUUAAUGCCGUUUUUUGAUAAAGGGUAUGGAGCACUCGUGAUUUUCGUGCCAUUUUUUAUUAUAACAAGGAUGACAAAGAAGCCCUUUAGACUCAAACAGCACAUCCCUUAAUAGUACACAAAUGUUCCUCUUCAAAAUAAACCCAUUUUCAUGUUCGUUGCUGAAAGCGGGGCCCCUUUGAGAUGGCUACCAUCUCAAUGAUAUCUAGUUGUAGGGAAUAUUCCAUUUUUCAUAAGUUGUGAUGUUUAAAGUUUAUUUAUGGUUGUGUACAUUUUUUGUAGGGAAUAAUGCAUUUUUGAUAAGCUAUUGAUGUUGUAAAGUUAAUCUACUCUUCUAAAUAUACUUGUACAUCUAACAAAUUGUAGGGAAAUAAUACAAUUUUAAUAAGUUAUACAUACAAUUUUAAUUCAUGCUUCUAAAUACAUGAGUGUAUGUAACAUGGCAGAUUUGUACGCAAAUCAUUAAAUUUUAAAAAAAAAUCGUUUGAUGUUGUGAAGUUUGAAUAAUGUUUUUGCUUUGAAUAUACAUGUAAGUAUGAAAACAAA